UGCAAAACUAAAUGAAGCGGCCAAGCACCAUCAGCCGCCCGGUCGAAAUCGGCCUUCGUUUCAUCGGCAUGUGGCCGGAUUCCGCUUACGCGACUCUUUAUUGGUUAAUUUACAUGGCGACGAUGGUGAUAGUGCAGUAUUAUCAGUACGCGUACGUUCUCGCGCAUUUUGACCUGAGCGAUAUCCCGCUCCUCAUGGACUGUCUCGGUCUUACCCUGGCGUACACUCUCGCCUUUUUCAAGCUCUUUGCCUUAUGGUGGAACCGCCGGACAUUUUAUUACAUUGUAAAAACUAUGGAUCGGGAUUGGAAAGAGUGCGUUAUCAAUGAUUCGUAUCAGUCCACGAUGAUGAGCGUGGCGGAUCUGUCACGUCGUUGCACCAACGUGAUGAUCAGUAUCAACGCUUUAGCUGCGUUUUUUCUAUCAAUCGGCGAGCACUUGCUUCAGUCGAUGGGCAACGCCGCUAAAGUUGACAAUUAUUCUCGAGAACUUCCUAUAAAGAUGGAGUUUCCUUUCGACGUCAGCGAAUCUCCGACUUUCGAAUGCUUUCUGAUCGGGCAGUUCUUUUACGAAUUGGUGCUGGCUUCUAUAGUUGGUAUGAUGAACGCGUUGCUCGUGUCAUUGAUACUUCACGUAAGCGGUCAGAUUGACAUUAUGCGACAAGACAUAGAUGAAAUUUCCAACAGUAAAAACGACCCCAGCACAUCUUUAGUUGUUAUCAAAAGCCUCAUUUGCAAGCAUCAGAAGAUUAUUAUUUUAUCAGAAAACAUUGAAAAUCUGUAUACAUAUAUUGCACUGAUGCAACUUUUGUGGAAUACGUUGGUCAUCUGCUGUACUGGUUUUGUCAUUAUAAUUACUCUUGGUACCAACGACAGUGGGACGACUUCGAUCAAAUCUGUGAGUUUUUAUUUAGCCAUCACUCUGGAAGUUUUCAUACUCUGCUUUGCCGGAGAAUUUUUGAGCGCCAAGAGUAGGUCAAUUAGCGAUGCGAUAUAUGAGUCCCUUUGGUAUAAUAUGCCACCGACGAACAGUCGCAUUUUAAUGUUUGUAAUACUAAGAUCGCAGAAACGAUUGACGAUUACUGCAGGAAAAGUCGUCGAUUUGACAUUGGAAGGAUUUACAAGCAUUAUGAAGGCAUCAGCUUCUUAUGUAUCUGUAUUAAAUGCGAUGUAUUAAGUCCAGAAUGACGUUUGUUAACUACUAUAUGUGCGUAUUCAUUGCUGUCUUAGCCACAAUAAUUUUAUCAGACAAUCGUUACUCUUGUCCCGAUGAAACACAAGUUAAUACAAAAGAGGGCAUCAAAUUACUUCAAUAUAAAUUAAUCUCUAUGUGAAUUCGGCAGAUAAUUAUUUCUGUAUGGUAACUAAUCUAUUUUACAUUUUUCUAUGGAACUUCAAUUUUCUAUAUAAUUUCUAAUAUAUUGCCAAUAAAAAUUGCAGAUUUAAAAGAAAGGUGUAUGAGAACACACUUCAAAAUAACGUCAAAGAUUUGUCCACGUUUGUAAUAUUUUGCUCCAAAUUGCAGCCGUUGCACUCACUAAAUUCUUCAUUUACAUAUCUUCCUUUCUUUAUUAAUAUAAACAUGUAAUUAUUAUUCGAAUAAUAUAAAUUGUAUUAUUGUAUAACUUUCACUUAUCUUCCUUAUAUCUAAUCAUGUUCCCGGAAACACAAAAUUCUAUAUGCCUGUACAUUACAACACCACAUUACAAUAGUGUUGCAUAUAUGAACAGAAUUACUUACUAUUGUUCGCUUUUAAUACUUUAACAAAUUGGAA